GGAUUGAGGAAAAAAGUACUUUUGACACAUUAUAAACUCUAACAAAACUAAUUCGGAACAAUCAGGAUUGAAAAAGACAAGAAUUUCAAAUUCAUUUAGUCCCAAGACCAUGUCAAGUAACUGCAGAAAAGAAGAUAGCAGCAGCAUCUUCAACAAAAACUCGAUAUAAAGCUUAAGGAGUAGUAUUGACGUGCGAAAGCUACUAACGACGAGGAAGAAGACUCCAAAAAUACUCUUUGAUCCAUUCUCCCUUGUUGAAGAAUUGUAUACUGUCAAUUAUCCUUUUGUUAUCUUCUUGGCUCUUCCAUUGCAGAACAAAACUCCAACAUAUCUUAACCAGUCACUCUAACUGGCCUAAGCCAUGCCCAACUCAAUCCCUCUAAGCUCUCUUUUCAUAUCAGUACUAAUACCUGUUAUUCUCGCAACACUGCUCUACCAACUCGACUCUUUCGACCCCGUUACUUACCCCACCCAUGUCCUCUCUACUGAACCUCCCAUGGUCUUUCCAAAACGCAAUAGCCACAUGCUUCAUGGCUCCGAAAAAAUAGGAGUUGACCGGUUGUUGUCACCAGAAGAUGUGGCUUAUGAUCCCAAUUUGGGAGUUAUAUACACUGGUUGUGUUGAUGGCUGGCUUAGAAAAGUGAAAGUGAACGAAUCGGCGGCGGAUACGACGGUGGAGGAUUGGGUUUUCACCGGCGGUAGGCCUCUCGGACUUGCUGUAGGACGUCAUGGCGAAGUUAUUGUUGCUGAUGCGAACAAGGGGUUACUACUGAAUGUUACUUCAGAGGGUGAAAUUAAAGUGCUAACAGAGGAAGCUGAAGGCCUGAAAUUCAAAUUGGCAGACGCUGUAGACGUUGCAGAGGAUGGGAUAAUAUACUUCUCGGAUGCUUCCUACAAGUAUAAAUUCGACGAAUUCAUGUUUGAUUUUCUUGAAGGCAGGCCUUACGGAAGAUUGUUUAGUUAUGAUCCAUCAAGUAAGCAGACCAAAACACUACUUAGCGACCUGUAUUUUGCUAAUGGUGUUGUAGUCUCUCCAGAUCAAAAUUCUGUUAUUUUCUGUGAAACCCCAUUGAGAAAAUGCAAGACGUAUUACAUAAGAGGCGAAAGAAAAGGAUCUGUGGAUAUAUUUGUUGAGAAUUUGCCUGGAUUUCCUGACAACAUUCGGUAUGAUGGUGAAGGACAUUAUUGGAUUGCAUUUGCCUCGGAAAAGACAUGUGCAUGGGACUUGGCACAACGGUAUCCGAUUAUCAGAAAGAUAAUGGGUAUAAUUGUGAAGUAUGUGGGAACACCUCAUGUAGAGAAAAAUGGUGGUGUUUUAUCAGUUGAUUUACAAGGAAAUCCAGUCGAACAUUAUUAUGACGGAGACUUGACGAUGGUGUCCAGUGGCAUGAAGAUUGGUGAUCAUUUGUACUGUGGCUCUGUUAAGACUCCGUACAUGCUUCGCCUCAAUCUGAAACAAUAUCCUGCAGUUCAAUCAUCAUAGACAAGAAGAUCAUGAGGUGUUCUUUUUCAGGCUACAAAUUUCAAAUAUAGGACUUCCAUUUGUAUAGAAAUACAAGUGUUUGAUUUUAAAAAAUUAUGGGUGUAUUUGUCAUUAUAUUUUGUGUAAGAUUUCCCCAGUAUGAGAGGCGACGAUGUUUGCUUUUUAGAAAAAAAGGAGUUAAUCUGCAAGAAUCAUAUUACAACAAUAUUUAAAUUGAUCCAAAGUGAUUGCUCUACCAACCUCA